AGAAAACCUCGGAGUGACACGCCUUUCCCGGCACAGAGACCAGAAUGUCGUACAUAGACCCUUUCCAGCACAUCAUAGUGGAGCACCAGUACUCCCACAAGCUCACCGUGACAGUGCUCCGGGCCACCAAGGUGACCAAAGGCGCCUUCGGGGACUUGCUGGACACCCCUGACCCCUACGUGGAGCUGUUCAUCUCGGCCACCCCGGACAGCCGGAAGAGAACCCGGCAUCUCAACAAUGACGUGAACCCCGUGUGGAACGAGACCUUCGAGUUCAUCCUGGACCCGAAUCAGGACAACGUGUUGGAGAUCACGCUGAUGGAUGCCAACUACGUCAUGGAUGAGACGCUGGGGACAGCCACCUUCCCCGUCUCCUCCGUGAAAGUGGGAGAGAAGAAAGAGGUGCCUUUGGUGUUCAACCAA